AUGCUCACUUUCAUUUUCCAGCUCCUCCAUGAUCGCAUUUACGAGCACGGUGCCAUCCACGACUGCGACACCUACUACAUCAACUCAUCCGACAGACCAGAAUCCAAAAGCCUCCACACAUCUGCCAUCAUCAGCCACCCAUCCAGCUUCCUCGCCAACCUCUCCAACCACUACCCAUCCAUCAACAUCCAUGACAUCCGAGGCACACUCGACUACAACUACCCCUCCAUCAUCCACUCAAACUCAAACAACAUCAAUCGGAACCCUCUCCUGCACACAGCCACGCCCAACCAACGCCCCCUCCGUAGCCAACCUAAUAAGCGACCUCACCUGGAACAACACAGGCGGCCCAUGACCACCCUCUUUUACAACUCCUCAGACCCCUACGCCUGGUGGGUCGGAGAGAACUGGUCCCACUACAUGGGCGAAAUCAAACGGACCGACAUUACGAAACCGUUGGAGUUUUGCCAUACAGCGAUGACGGUUUUGUUUAGGGAGUGUAUUGUUGAUAAGGGGUAUUAUGGGGGGACGUGGGUCUCGGAGCAGGAGAUGUAUAAUAUUUCGGAUUUGGUUUAUCCUGAAAGCCCUUCGGGGUCGUUUUUUCCGGCGUCGGAUACGGAUAUUAAGGCGUCGUUUGCGUUGUGA